AUGCCUAUUUCGUUAGAUACUUUUAUUUUAGGCGGCACUACUGAUGAGAUAUUCGUGACUGUUCUUGACGAUGUAGUCCUCAUAAAUGAUUUUAAAAUUAACAUUAACGCACUUAAAAUUUCAAGUCUCAAGGAGGUUGAUGUUGGUAAAGACAAGCUUAAAGAUGUUGAUACUGAAGAGAAAAUCCGAAGCAAACUUAGAGGCGAGAAAAUGAUAGCAGGGAACCUUUUUACUGAUUAUUUUAAAGUUGAUCAACCUGUUGACAGGAAUGUUCAUAUCAUCAUUGCAAUCUCUACUACCGGCAAGUGUCUCAUAAUAUUUUCUAUGUUGAAGGAACUUAAGGAAAAGGAGUCCGGGCAAGAAUUCUAUACAACUCGUUUUACUAGUGAAGAGAUCAAGAAUCUUUUUACUCAAUACGUUGAGGAAAAUAAACUAAAUGUUGAUGUAGAUGAAAUUGUUGCAGAUAUUUACUCUCUUACUCUUGGACACAAGGACCUUAAUGAGAAUGAAAUAGAAAUCCUUACGGAGGUCCUUUACCAUGGAACUAAGCAACUCUUAGAGGAUAUAAAAAACAAAAAAGAUGUGCAAUUCCUCCUUGCAGAAGGAAUUAUUGUUAAAGUACCACAUACUAAUUAUGAAUGGAUGAUAAUAGAGUGUGCUGCACCUAUCCUUCGUAAUAUUAUGCUUUCCAGAAUACAUAGACCCACUAUUAAGCAUUCUUCACCUAUUGAUACAACUAAUAUUGAUCCCGAAUGGUUGUUGGCACGUACUAUUGAGGUUAGAGAGUAUGAUGAAGAAGGUCAACGUCACCAGCGUCUAAACAUUCUCAUUCAUGAGUAA